AUGCUAAUGCGACUGUAUGCAGAAUUAAGUAAAGAAAAAAAAGUUAUAAUAACAUCAACAACUGCACGAGGAGCUGUCCCAAUUCAAGAAGAACUUGGAGAAGGAGCGACAAUUGCCAGGCGUAGUGGUGUCGGUACUAGUAAAGUUGAACACAUUGAGGCUGCCAUGGAAUAUAUCGCCAAUGACAUCCAUGAAAUAGAUAUUUUAUUAAUCGAUGAUUUUAGUUUGUUAAAUGAAUCUAGGUUUGAGAGUAUCAAUAACCGCUUUUGUCAAGAACGUUCUAAACACAAAAAACCAUUCGGCGGAGUCCGAUUAAUUAUGGCAGGAGAUCCAUACAUGGUGUCACCAGAUAAAGAACGAAGAUUUUUUAAAUCUUCCAUCUGGGGUGAAUGCGUUUUUGUCACUUAUGAGUUAAGAAAUCCUUUUCGUUAUGAUGCUAAAAGUCAGAACUGGUUCCCCGAGAUCAAUUUAAAAAGAUUCACUAAUCUUCACAGUUUGACUUUGAGGAAGUGCAGCCUAGAUGCAAUUCUUGAAGAUAUAUCUGAAACAACAACACUUGUUAAUCUUGAUCUCCAAAAUUCUCGGAGAAGUCAAGGAAGUGAAAGAGCACUCUUUACAUUAACGACUUUAGAAAAAUUAGAAACAUUAAAUGUUAGUGGUAUUGAUGGUGUAACAGAUGAAUUUAUUGUCAGAUUAAAACGAUUUAAAUCUUUGGACUUUCAUCGUUGCAAAAAUAUCACAGCUAAUGGUAUUGUUCAACUCAUGAAAAAUUGUCCAGAUCUUGAAGAUCUUGAUCUUCGAUGGAGUCAUAUUACAUUUCCUAUGAUUGUUGAAGCCAAUCAUGCUACCGGAAACCCUAUCAAUAACAUUUCAUCUGAAAGAGCACUCUUUCCUUUGACGAUUUUAGAAAAAUUAGAAACAUUAAAUGUUGGUGGUAUUGCGGAUGUAACAGAUAAAUUUAUUGUCAGAUUAAAAAGGUUUAAAUAUUUAGACUUUCAUAGUUGUAAAAAUAUCACUGAGAAUGGUAUUGUUCAACUCAUGAAAAAUUGUCCAGAUCUUGAAGAUCUUAAUCUUCAAUCUUUUGAAAAUAAAGAUACUUGUAAAUUAAAAUAUCAAUAUUGUCAUCGACUACCAAAUGACAUUUUAUCAAAAAUAAGUAUAGAUAAACGCAAACUUGCUUGCACGUAA